AGCUCAUUAAGUGGACUAGUUGUAGGAAAGUUCGUCUCUGCACCGAAGGGGUUUGUACAAUGGAGUUUCACAUUAGCAAAAAUCACUUUUUUGUGACUUUCUGAUCUGAGGGUUGCACACCAAACGCGCGAACUUUUUGCGCUCUCAAACUUGGAGAAAGUUUGAAGGAGGCCUGCUCGUUAGGACAUUCUUCGGAGGAUUGCAAAAGGGGGGGGGGUUACAGAGAUUAUACCCUUCAUGCUGUUUCACGUGAAAGAGCCUUUAUAAAGGCGUCCUUUUGUUGGAGACGGUGGUGCGCUACACAACAGGGAACUUGUCUUUUUGUGCAAAGUUUAAUUUGUGCAUUUCAGCAUGGCAGCGUAUACAUUACCGGAGGGAUUCACGGAAUUUGAUAUGUUUACAUUCGGCUCAGCGCUUCUCGUUGGGGGCAUGCUCGGAUUCUUCCUCAACGCCAUCAGCAUCGUGUCUUUCCUCACAGUGAAGGAGAUGCGGAAUCCCAGUAACUUCUUUGUGUUCAACCUUGCUGUGGCUGACAUCUGUCUGAAUGUUAACGGACUCACAGCUGCUUACUCGAGCUACCUCAGAUAUUGGCCGUUUGGUCAAGAUGGAUGUGCCUUUCAUGGUUUCCAGGGAAUGAUAGCGGUCCUGGCCUCCAUCAGUUUCAUGGCCGCCAUCGCUUGGGACAGAUAUCACCAGUACUGCACCAGACAGAAGCUCUUCUGGAGCACAACUCUGACUAUGAGCGGCAUUAUCUGGAUUCUUUCCAUCUUCUGGGCUGCUGUACCUCUAAUGGGAUGGGGCGUCUAUGACUUUGAGCCUAUGAGGACCUGCUGCACGCUGGACUACACCAGAGGGGACAGGGACUAUGUGACCUUCAUGCUAACUCUGGUGCUAGUCUACCUGAUGUUCCCAGCUGUCACCAUGUUGUCAUGUUACGAUUCCAUCUAUAAACACUUCAAGAAGAUCCACCACCACAGGUUUAACACCAGUUUGCCAUUGAGGGUCAUGCUGAUGUGCUGGGGCCCCUACGUCCUCAUGUGUAUCUACGCCUGCUUUGAGGAUGUGACGGUCGUGUCUCCAAAGCUGCGAAUGGUGCUUCCGGUUGUUGCCAAGACAAACCCCAUCUUCAACGCUCUCCUCUACUCUUUCGGAAAUGAGUUCUACCGAGGCGGCGUUUGGCACUUCCUCACAGGACAAAAGAUUGUUGAUCCAGAUAUUAAGUCAAAAUGAAAGGCAACCUAAUAACUUUUGGCAAAAAUCCAAGACCUAUCAUUUGUCCUACAAUAAGUUCCUUGUACUUUUGGUAAGGUGUUGUAAGGUAAACAGCACUGAUCCAUUUAGAUGUCUGUACAGUUGUAAUAUUUUCACAUGUGGACUGUAGAUGAGACUAUCUAUACAUUUUGGAGCCGCCGCUGUAGCAUCACGGUGGAUUUGUGUGAUCUCCAAAAUGUGCUGCAGGCAAAUUAUCCAUUUUAAAAUUAUUGCAUUCUAUCUACAACAAUUUGUCUUUAUCCUGCACUGCUCCUCCGUCUAUGUUAAACCACUCACAAUAAAAAACAUUGCGCUGCU